AUGGCUGUGAAUACUCCUAUUGUAAAUGGGACAUCUUAUGCCACCGUUGUUGCUUACUCAAAGGAUUCUUAUCAAAAAGCUGUUGAAUUUUAUUCAAAAUUAUUAGAAUUAAAUGUUUCAAAUGGAGGUAUUUGUUCAGAUAAUGAAACUUUACUAUCAAAUUCUGCUAUUGCAGUUAAAGUUUCAUUACAAGAAAAUGAAAAUAAACAAACUGAAAUUGAUAACCAAAUUAAAUAUUUAAAUUCCAUUUCAAAGACAAAUGAUUGGAGAUCUCAUGUUAAUCAAUCUCUUGUAUUUAAUACAACAGAUUUAGAAUCUUUACAAGAUGCUUUUAAACAAUUAGAUUAUCCAAAUCAAGCUUUCCCAUCUGAUUUAUUACCAAUGCAAUUAUACACUAUUGACCCAUUAGGUAAUAUUAUUGGUGUUACUUCAACAAAGAAUGCAGUUUCAACAAAAUCUAAUUUACCAGGUUCUUCAACUGUAUCAGGUACUGCCGUAGCAACAGCUACUCAUACACCAGGUUCUGUCUCCAAGAAUCAUUCUUUUACUGAUUUAUCUUAUUUAGUUAAGACUUCAAACAAUUAUCCAUCUUUACCAAAGGAUACUACUCCUUUAGCUCAAAAGAAAUCUAUUGCUGUAAUGACUUCAGGUGGUGACGCUCAAGGUAUGAAUUCUAAUGUUCGUGCUAUUGUUCGUUCAACUAUCUUUAAAGGUUGUCGUGCUUUUGUCGUUAUGGAAGGUUAUGAAGGUUUAGUUAAAGGUGGUCCAGAAUAUAUCAAAGAAUUCACCUGGGAAGAUGUUAGAGGUUGGUCUGCUGAAGGUGGUACUAAUAUUGGUACUGCUAGAUGUCUAGAAUUCAGACAAAGAGAAGGUAGAUUAUUAGGUGCUCAACAUUUAAUCGAAGCCGGUGUUGAUGCUUUAAUCGUUUGUGGUGGUGAUGGUUCUUUAACUGGUGCUGAUCUAUUUAGAUCCGAAUGGCCUUCUUUAAUUAAAGAACUUUUGGAUAACAAAAGAAUUACCGAAGAACAACACACUAGAUAUCAACAUUUGAACAUUUGUGGUACCGUUGGUUCCAUUGAUAAUGAUAUGUCAACCACUGAUGCUACCAUUGGUGCUUACUCUGCUUUAGAUAGAAUUUGUACCGCUAUUGAUUACGUCGAAGCUACCGCUAACUCUCAUUCAAGAGCAUUCGUUGUUGAAGUCAUGGGUAGAAACUGUGGUUGGUUAGCUCUAUUGGCUGGUAUCGCUACUUCUGCUGAUUAUAUCUUUAUCCCAGAAAAGCCAGCUACUUCCAGUGAAUGGCAAGAUCAAAUGUGUGAUAUUGUCGCCAAACACAGAGCAAGAGGUAAGAGAACAACUAUUGUUAUUGUUGCUGAAGGUGCCAUUGCUGCUGAUUUAACUCCAAUCUCCACUGCUGAUGUCCAUAAGGUUCUUGUUGACAGAUUAGGUCUAGACACCAGAAUCACCACUUUGGGUCAUGUUCAAAGAGGUGGUACUGCUGUCGCUUACGAUCGUAUGUUGGCCACUUUACAAGGUGUUGAAGCUGUUAACGCUGUUCUUGAAUCAUCUCCAGAGACUCCAUCCCCAUUGAUUGCCAUUAAUGAAAACAAAAUUGUUCGUAAACCACUUGUUGAAUCUGUUAAAUUGACUAAAGCUGUUGCUGCUGCCAUUCAAGCUAAGGAUUUCAAGAAAGCUAUGUCUCUAAGAGAUACUGAAUUUAUUGAACAUUUGAAUAACUUCAUGGCUAUCAACUCUGCUGAUCACAACACUCCAAAGUUAAGUGAAGAUAAGAGACUAAAGAUUGCUAUUGUUAAUGUCGGUGCCCCAGCUGGUGGUAUCAACUCUGCCGUUUACUCCAUGGCUACAUACUGUAUGUCUCAAGGUCACAAACCUUAUGGUAUAUACAACGGUUGGUCCGGUCUAGCUAGACAUGAAUCCGUCAGAUCUUUGGACUGGAAGGAAAUGAUCGGCUGGCAAUCACGUGGUGGUUCUGAAUUAGGUACCAACAGAGUCACUCCAGAAGAAGCUGACAUUGGUAUGGUUGCUUACUAUUUCCAAAAAUACCAAUUCGACGGUUUAAUUAUUGUCGGUGGGUUUGAAGCUUUCACUUCUUUACAUCAAUUAGAAAAGGCUAGAGAAAGUUAUCCAGCUUUCAGAAUCCCAAUGGUCUUACUUCCAGCUACUUUGUCUAACAACGUUCCAGGUACUGAAUACUCUCUAGGUUGUGAUACUUCCUUGAACGCUCUAAUGGAAUAUUGUGAUGUUGUCAAACAAUCCGCUGCCUCCACUAGAGGUAGAGCCUUCGUUGUUGACUGCCAAGGUGGUAACUCCGGUUACUUGGCUACCUGUGCUUCUUUAAGUGUUGGUGCCGCUGCUUCUUAUGUCCCUGAAGAAGGUAUCCGUUUGGAACAACUACAACAAGAUAUUACCUCUCUUGGUGAAUCAUUCGAAAGAGCUGAAGGUAGAAACGGUUUCGGUAAGUUAAUUCUAAAGAGUACAAAUGCUUCUAAGGCUAUGUCUGCUGAAGACAUUGCUAAGAUCAUCACUGCUGAAGCCCAAGGUGAAUUCGAUGCCAAGGCUGCUGUUCCAGGUCAUAUCCAACAAGGUGGUAUCCCAUCUCCAAUCGAUAGAACUAGAGCCACCAGAUUGGCCGUCAGAGCUGUUGACUUCAUUGAAAAGAGUCAAAGUACUCUAGAGGUUACUCGUGCUGGUGACGAAGAUUACAAUUCUGAUAACAAGGAAUUAGCUGACACAGCUACUGUUCUAGGUAUCAAGGGUUCUCACGUCGCUUUCUCUGGUAUCAGAAAACUAUAUGAUUUCGAGACUGAAAUCGAAAAGAGAAUGCCAAAGGUUAUUCACUGGGAACAAACUAGAGCCAUUGCUGACCAUUUGGUUGGUAGAAAGAGAGUUUAA